AUGCCGGGCUUUCCUGUUACUCGGUGAGUAGCGGGCAUGUCAUCGCUUCCGCUCUCCUGCAAAAUGCUCAGCUGGGACACAGGACUACGGCCUGAUGGGCUGCCAAGUGGAAUGAAGGCAUGUUGAGUCAUUCUCCUUUCCCAAACGGGCACAGAUCUGACGUCAGGAAGGGCAGCACUCAGAAACUGUCAGGAAAUCCGUUUCGCCUCCCUGGACUCUGCUGAUGAACCAUGAGUUGCUGUUCUCCCCCAGAAUAAUUUCAAAGGGAGACUCCAUUAGAGGUUUUUAGCAGAGGUUGGAUUGUCAUCUGUCAGGGAUGCUUUAGCUAUGAUUCCCUCAAGGUCCCUUCCAACUCUACUUCUGUGAUCCCAACAGGAUAAAUCUGAAUUAGAACCAAUAACAACAUUAGACUCUUUUCACUUCAGCUCAGAUUGAGACAAUGGUUUUAUGUCACCCCACGAGUGCUAACGAGAUGUGGGUGGCACUGUGGUCUAAACCACAGAGCCUAGGACUUGCUGAUCAGAAGGUCGGCGGUUUGAACCCCUUGACGGGGUGAGCUCCCAUUGCUCAGUCCCAGCUCCUGCCAACCUAGCAGUUUGAAAGCACGUCAAAGUGCAAGUAGAUAAAUAGGUACCGCUCCGGCGGGAAGGUGAACGGCGUUUCUGUGCGCUGCUCUGGUUCGCCAGAAGCAGCUUAGUCAUGCUGGCCCAGAAGCUGUCUGCAGACAAACGUCGGCUCCCUCUGCCAAUAAAGCGAGAUGAGCGCCACAACCCCAGACACAAGAGCCCUCUCCCAUCCCAUCCCACAAUUUCCAGCAACUGGUAUUCAGGAGCAUUGCUGCCCCUGUGGUCCUAACCCCUUUACAUGCUAGCUUGCAAGAAUAUACACAAUUAGAUUUGGCUGCAAAGGUGAACAGAACUGUACACUGGAUUCCAAGUGUAGCUACACCAUAGAUUUGCAUAAUGGCAUCAAAUCAGCGGUUUUCUUUUCCUUUCCUAACUAUCCCUAACACAGGAUUUUGCCGUAUACUGAUUUAAACCCAUUUCUGUUUUUCCUUCCCACCCAGCUGUCAACGUGGAAAACAUUGUGCAAAAGUUUUUUUCAGCUCUGAAUUGUGCAUCACAUGAAUGAAGUGUGUUCCCCUGAAACGGAAAGGAAGUAUGAGUCACCAAAGGCAAGGCGCUACAGAAGCAGGGAGCCAACACAGAAGAGACCCUGCUCUAUGUGCCUCAGCCUAAGGGGUUGUCCUGAGCAAAGCCCCACCUGUGGUCCAGGAGUCCCAGUUGGGGGGCAUGGCAUUCCACCAUGUAGCACCCAAUUGCUCCCAUGGAGUCGUCUCAUUGUAGCAAACUCAUUGUUUAGGUGUGUGGGUGGGAUUGUUCCACUUGUUCACGUGUGACUGGGCAUAAUGGACUGGGCAUACUUCUUCAUGAUGCAGAGCAGAGUUAAACUGUGGAACUCCCCCCCACAGGAAGCAAUGAUGGCUACCAACUUGGAUGACUUUAAAAGAGGAUGGGCUAUGGAUGGCUUAUAGCCACAAUGGCUCUGCCCUGCCUCCACAUCCACAGCUGUGUGGGAUGUGAUACAUAAGUUGCAGUCAAGUACAACAUUCCUUGUUUUCCUAGAGUGGACAUGCGAGGGAAUGUUUGGUCCAGCCAGUCAGAACUUCCUGUUUCCUCCUGGCUGGGACAUACUUCCUUUGCAUGUGACUAGAGGUGAGCGUGACCUUACCUGUCCAGGUAACAAAAGGACAAGUCACGCAGCACACUCUCUCUUUUUGACUUCCUCCGUCAUUGGAGCAGCUUUUUAGUGAGAAAUGCUCUGUUGGCUUCCAGCCAACAGAGGACACUGGGAUUAUCCCCAUAUGGGAUAGAUCCACAUGUAUAUACUUUGUAACUAAGUCUGCCUUCAGGGAUCCAGCUGUGGACUGAAUGUGAGUAAACUUAUUUUAUAUACUUUACACUAGAUUGUGUUGUGUUUAUUCUUUUAAGGGGGGUAUAAGGGAACUUACCAGGAACCUAAUAGUGAGAGGCUUACACAAGCCUGCAACCAGUUAUCCGCUGUGUGUUUAAAAGGGGAAUGUGAAAACUCUGCUAAGUGAAGAAACUGGCUAGCGCAAGUUAAAAAGGAUAUUAAUAAAUAACAUAUCCUCUCCUGCCUCCCUGAACAUUUCCACAAGCUAGAGGGUGCGAUGCUGCUGAAUCCAAGCCGCUGGAAACCACAGGCGGGGAGAGGCCUCUUGUGCUAGAAUCCUGCUUGCUGGUUUCCCUGCUUCCUUGGAGGUUUCUAAGCAGAGCUUGGGUGACCAUCUGUUAUUUGUUGUUGAGUCGUUUAGUCGUGUCCAACUCUUUGUGACCCCCUGGACCAGAGCACGCCAGGCCCUCCUGUCUUCCACUGCCUCCCGCAGUUGGGUCAGACUCAUGUUUGUAGCUUCGAGAACACUGUCCCACCAUCUCGUCCUCUGUCAUCCCCUUCUCCUUGUGCCCUCCAUCUUUCCCAACAUCAGGGUCUUUUCCAGGGAGUCUUCUCUUCUCAUGAGGUGGCCAAAGUCUUGGAGCCUCAGCUUCAGGAUCUGUCCUUCCAGUGAGCACUCAGGGCUGAUUUCCUUCAGAAUGGAGAGGUCUGAUCUUCUUGCAGUCCAUGGGACUCUCCAGAGUCUCCUCCAGCACCAGAAUUCAAAAGCAUCAAUUCUUCGGUGAUCAGACUUCUUGAUGGUCCAGCUCUCACUUCCAUACGUCACUACUGGGAAAACCAUAGCUUUAACUAUACGGCCUUUGUUGGCAAGGUGAUGUCUCUGCUUUUUAAGAUGCUGUCUAGGUCUGUUAUAGAUGCUUUAAUUCCAUGGUUCUCCUGAUCCAUAGGUGCUAUUCUCAUAACCUUAUUCUGCUAGCUAGGGUGGAGGCAGCCGCAGCCUGGCCCUCUGGACUCAAGGAGGCAAUUGUCUCCUCAGCUGAGUAGGAUGCGCUGGGUAUCUACCUCUCUGGAGACGUCGAGCAUAACUGGCUCCCACUUUUUCUGCCGCUGCCCCAUUCUCUCCUCCCCAUUGACAGCCCUGCUGCGCAGACCAGCACCGGCGCCUGUGCUCGGGGUCUCGCAGAAUCCUCUCUCGGAAACAUCCUAGGAAGACCCCACCUAACUCCGCCCGGACUCCUCGGAUCGCUCCCUGGAGCGCAGAGCGCCACGUCGGAAAAGGACCGCGUUAGUGCACGUGAGUCUCCAGAAGCUGCAAACCCUCCCUAGGCGCACUUAAUACAUAGCUGUCAACGUUUCCCUUUUCUUAAGGGAAAUUCCCUUAUUCCGAAUAGGAUUCCUCGCAAGAAAAAGGAAAAGUUGACAGCUGUGUUAAUAGGCCCCCGGGGCGCAAAACGGGGCUGGCUUCCGAGGCAAGGUGCUUUGGAUCGCGCUGCGCCUGCCGCCCACCGCCUGACCGCGAGGGAAGAAUCUCUGGGCUGAUUCCUCCGCAGCCGCUUUGGUCCAAGGUGGGGGGGGGGGCUUUUGUUUUCUUUGAGGGCAACGAGAGGGGACACCUGACGUCACGAGGUCGAGCAGGUGAGGGGGGGGCAGCUGCCGCCAAGGGACUUCGAAUUUCUGAAGGGCUGCCACGUGGAGGGUGGAGCCACCUUGUUUACCUUCUGCUUCAGAGGGGAGAACCCGAUCCAGUGGAUUCAAACGACAAGGAAGGAGAUUCCAACUAAACCAGAUUCCUGCAUUGCAGCGGGGUGGACUAGAGGACCUUUGGGGUUCCUUCCAACUCUACGAUUCUAUGACGGGGCGUUUGUCUGCAUGGAUAAGUAGGAGAAUCCAGAAAUGGGGGUAGGAAUGAAACCCCGAAUUGUGUCAUCCUGGUCAUUCGUGGAGAGAGCUAUUGCUACACAUUUUCACCGGACAAAUAAACUCGCUUGCAGAGUCACGCGCAUCCCCAAAUCACGCAGCCAGUAGUUCCCUUGUAAGCUCAAGGUGUUGGGUGUAUUAUGGGUGCGCGCGCGCGCGUCCCACCCUCAACCAACAGCAACCCUUGUGUGGCCCCAGAUGGGCUCUCUGCGGUAUUAUUUCUUCCUCUCUGAUUUAUUUUAGGUAUUUAUAUACCGCUUUUCGGGCAGACCUCACCAAAGCGGCUGACAUGGGAUGACCGUCACGAGAAACGUCCCUUUGAAAAGCAGUUGCCCUGCGACGGGAAUAAAUGCGAGAGGCAGCGGAGAGACCAGGGUUCAAAUCCUCCACUCCAUCAUGAAGCUCACGGGCUGUGACGGCCUCUCGUCCCGACCUACCUCACAGGGUUGUUGCGGGGAUUAACGGAGGAGGGGAAGAGCCAUCUUGAGAAUGUGGGGUGUAAAUGCGAUACAUAAACGAAAUCAAUAAAAGGUGUUUGUUUAGAAACAGCGGCGAGUGCGGGUUCUGCCCUCCCCUCGGGGCAGAGUAAGGAGACAACUUCGCGAUGGCCAUCCCUGGCUCCUGUGGCAGAGAGUUCCGAGGGUUAACUCUGCGCUGCGGGAAGAAGGACUUGCUUCGAUCCGUCCUGCUUCCUCCAACCUUCGGCUUUCCGGGAUGUCCACGAUUUCUCCUGUUCUGAGAGAGGCAGUGGAACUUCUCUCUUUCUCCUUUCUCCGCGCCAUGCCAUUGCAUAAUUUUAUAGACUUCCUGCCGGUCGCCUUUUCUCCGAACUAAAAAGUCUUAAACGGCGUGGCGUUUCUUCUCAGGGGAUUCGCUCCGGCCCUUUUAUCACCUGGGCGGCCCUUUCCUGAACCUUUCCUGGCACUUUAAAAGACCUUACAUCAGGGGUAGGCAACCUAAGGCCCGGGGGCCGGAUGCGGCCCAAUCGCCUUCUCAAUUCUGCCUGCGGACGGUCCGGGAACCUGCGUGUUUUUACAUUAGAAUGCGUGCCUUUAUUUAAAAUGCAUCUCUGGGUUAUUUGUGGGGCAUAGGAAUUCGUUCAUUCCCCCCCCCCCAUAUAGUCCGACCCACUACAUGGUCUGAGGGAGGGUGGACCGGCCGAAAAAGGUUGCUGAUCCCUGCCUUACAUCCACCAAAUGGCAUCGGUGUUGGCCGUCCAAGGAGAGCUACUCUCGACCCACAAAUGCAGAGCCGGAGAAAGGAUCCCGGCAGACGCCUUUGUGAACCGAUCCCGCGCCAGCUUUAAAUCCCGCAGCAUCUUCCCUCUUCCCUUUGCGGAGCUGGGAAGCGCGGAAUCUCCCCGGGACAGAUCUCGCCGCUGCGCCCGCUGGAAAACUUCGAACCAAGAGGUGGCGAAGCCGGAUCUCAUUCUCAGGCGCGCGCGCCAUUCCAGUUCGUGGCCGCUUCGGGGUCGAGGACUUAAGCUCCCCAACCCCCAGUGAUGGGGGAGGCUCCUCAGCCCCCCGGCAGAGCACCUGCCCUGCAUGGCAGAGGGUUGGACUAGAUGUCCCUUGGGGUCCCUCUUCCAACUCCACAAUUCUGCGCUUCUAUGAUUUCAUUUCCAAAGGGCCGCCAGGGAGCUGCUCGGCGGGGCAAAGGCGCGCUCGCUCCGUAGGGAUAAGGAGCCUUCGCGCGUCAUGCAAUCACAGUAUCGAAGAACUGUAGAGCUGGAAGGGGGCUCCGGGGUCAUCUAGUCCAACCCCCGGGGGUCGCAGCUCAAGGAUCCCUGACACAUUAGCCACCUACCCAAGGGAAGGGAGUCCGCCACCUUCCGAUGUCUCCCUAAGAGGCAGACUUUCGUGGCUCACGCCUUUCCCGGAGAGGCUUGGCGUUCUCUAAGCUCUGUCGCAAAUGUGACAUUUCAAAGGGACGCAAAAUCCCGAUUCUACGGAUCUGAGCACCGCUUCGUGACCGCUAGAGUGCGGUUGUUGUUGUUAAUUUCCCUUGCUUACAAAAAGUACUGUACGUGCAUUGUCCGUUUUUCCAGGUUGUAUAGAGCGCGGUAUUUAGGGGCCCAGAUUCCAGCCCCACCUCGGAGAGAGUCCCCCUGGGCUCCUCCUGGAUCCUUGCGAUCCAGUCUCAGUUAUCCAUCUGCAGAAUGGGAAUAUAAAGAUAACACGGCCGUGGGCGGGGGAGGGGAGGGGAUCCAGGGGCAAGGUGUGGGGACAGAAGAACCUAAGAAGAGCAUGCCGGAUCAGGCCACUUGAACCAUCUAGUCCAGGAUCCGAGCGCAAGAGCCCCCGCCCCCCGCGGCUUCCAGCAAGGGACAUUCAGAAGCGCUGCUGCCUCCAUCGCGUCUAGGAGUCACCUUCCUCCAGAAUUGGUCUUUUAUAUAUAAUAAUAAGAAAUAACAAUGAAUUUUUAUUUGUAUCCCGCCCUCCCCGGCCGAGGCCGGGCUCAGAGCGGCUAACAUAAAAAGCCAUCCAAGUCCGGUGCCAUCAUUGGCUCCUGUGGAGGGGAGUUCCGUAGUUCAUCUCUGCGCUGCGUGAAGAAGGACUUUCUUCUGUCUGCCCUGAUUUCCCCCACAUUCAGCUUCGUUUGGAUGCCCACGAGUUCUGGGGUUAUGAAACAGGAAGAAAAAACAUUUCCCUCUCCAGGCCAGGUAUAAUUAUAUAUACUUCUGACCUGUCGCCUUUUACUCGCUUUUUCUCCGGACUAAAAAAUCCCAAACGCUGCCAUAUUUCUUCCUAGGGGACCCCCUUCGAUCACCUUUUCUGAACAUUUUCCAACUCUACAAUAUCCUUUGUUGUUGUUUAGUCGUUUAGUCGUGUCUGACUCUUCGUGACCCCCUGGACCAGAGCACGCCAGGCACUCCUGUCUUCCACUGCCUCCCGCAGUUUGGUCAGACUCAUGCUGGUAGCUUCCAGAACACUGUCCCACCAUCUCGUCCUCUUUCAUCCCCUUCUCCUUGUGCCCUCCAUCUUUCCCAACAUCAGGGUCUUUUCCAGGGAGUUUUCUCUUCUCAUGAGGUGGCCAAAGUCUUGGAGCCUCAGCUUCACGAUCUGUCCUUCCAGUGAGCGCAAUAUCCUUUAGACCACUGGAAACCUCUCCAAAAACACGCGCUUAUAUUUCCUAGCCUCGCAAUAAAAUCCAGCGUUGGGCAGGGGUUGAAGGGGGAAGACCCUCGCUCCCAAUUCGACGUGGGGCGGGGCGGGGGGGGGAUUCCUCCAGGCGGAGUCUCUGCAAAGGACGACCGUGGAAACUCGAGGCUUCCUGCCUGGCAUAUAUUUGAAAAUGCACCAGCGAAAUUAAGCGUAGCUUCGUUGCAAGCAAAAAGUCACUUUUGUUCCUGGCGUUAAAUCCUCCCUUGUUUUAACUUUGUGGGAGGGUCUUCGUUCACAUUUCGUUAGGCCAAAAUUAUCGCCCCCGAUUGGGGGUUUAUAAAUAUUUAUUUUCAAGGGCGCAAGGGAACGUUUACAAAAAGGGACCGAGGCCGGAUCAGCAAAUCCGAAAAGAACGCUGUAGAGGUUUCUAAAAUAAUACUGUUGACACGGAAUGGCCGAGGAGGGGAUUUCCCCGGACCCCGUUUCUCCACCCACCCACCCAAAAUUUGCGGGUUUCUAUCGAGAAUAGGAUGACCCUGUGGCGCGCGCUACGAAUUCGGGUUCGCCAGUCGAGCUGGAGUCUUAAAAACUUUCUCUCUUUUGGGGCGGAGGUUGGAGUUUCGAAUUUGUUCUUGAUAUAGAAUUUUUUAUAUAUAUGCAUGUAUAUAGAAAGCCAAAACGAAUUCUCAAAGCGUUGGCUAUUUCGGUUUUAUGCUGUAUUUUGCAUUUGUAGAUCGCUCAGAGAACGCUGGUGGUCGGGCAGCGGAUAAAUAUCGUUAAUAAUAAUUGACAACGUUAAUUAUUGAUAAUAAAUUAUUCAUCGUUAGCCAUAAUUUUAAUUGUGAAACAAUAUAAAGCAUCGAGUUACAGUUCUGGACGAGACACAUGAGUUGAGGUUGUCAGCCUCGAUGGCACCAGAACAACAACUCAGCCACCGAGUGAAAUCCAGCGACGACAGCACAGGAGGAGACCAGCGGCGGUGGAUCGGGUUGGAUCCCAGGUCCCCACGCAGCUCCGCCGCAGGGCGCGCCGGCUCCGGCCCUUCUCCUUCCGCAUCUCCUCAGCAUCUGGCCUCAAGAAGAGGGAAAAGGAAGAGCCCCCCCCCUCAGUUAUGGCCGCUCCUCCCACCCUCUUCUAAAGCCGCCCAGGUUGAUAGCCAUCCCCUCCUCCUGCGGGAGGGAGUUCCGUGGGUUAACUCUGCGCUGCGUGAAGGACUUUUGCCUGUCCAGAAUCUCCCGACCUUCCGUUUCGCGAGAGAGCAAUUUUUACGUGAGCAAAACUUUUCUUUCUCUCUCCACUUUCUCCACGCCGGGUUUCCUUUUAUGCCCUCCUAUCACGUCGCCUCUUCCUCGCUUUUUCUCGGUACUAAAAAGCUUUUCCCCCCCCAAGCUGCCCCCUUCCCUCUCAGGGGAGCCGCUCUACCGGCUUGAGGAUCUUCGGCUGCCUUUUCUGAACCGUUUUGCGCCCGCAGCGGCGCCGCACCCCAGACUUGCCCGUUGGAAGCCGGCGAUUUCAUUUUCGACCCCUUUCCUUGUGAUAAAUAUUGUUGCUGGUAUUUUUCCCUUAAAAAAUCAUUUAUAGAGAUCACCAGAACAGCCCCGAAGUCGAGCGAGGCGUGGAACCGGAGCGGCUUUGGAGCGAGCGCCGGAUUUCACUCUGGACUGAAUUCAAAACCGGGUGCGGGGGAUCCCCAAAAAAUCUGGACAGAAGGUCUCUCCCCCACCCCACGACCAGCGCGCACUGCCCCGACCCCUGAAGUUCACCAAACACAAAUUCAGUAACCGUUAAUUAAGCUAAAAUAUUUUUAAUUUCUUCCAGGGGUUAGUGGGGACAUGCAAAAACACAUUUCCCCUAUUUCCUCUUUCUGAUUUUUUUCUUUCCUGGGUAUUUUCUUAGAAAAAGGCGAGGAAAUAAACGCGUUUGGUUGCGGGAGGCGUCAGUUCCUACCUGGACGUCCCCUUUUGACCCCUUUUCUCUAAUACAUUUGGGCGGCUCCUUUUCCCAAAAAGCCUUGCCCCCCUCCCCUCCCUCCGGGGCAGCGCUCGGGGCUCCCGGGGUAGCGGCGGCGGCGGCGGCAGGGGGUUUUGCGCGCGCCGCGGGUCCCCGCCUCCCGCGCCCGCCCGCCCGCCCGCGCCGCCCCCCCGCCCCGGGCCGGGCAGGGAGGGGCCGGGCCGCGGCCGGGCGAGUUGUGCAACCCGGCGCGCCUUAUAAAAGUGUCGCGGCGGCGAUGGAGCCUCAGAAGGCCGGCGGAGGCAGCGCGAGAGAGGUGAGCCGAGGCUGGGGGGAGGUGCCUGAAUAUGGAGGGGGCGGGCAGGGGUGAUGGGGAGCUUGCUCCAGGGGUGAACCUCCCUUAUCGAUCCGCUUGGGACUGUCAGGACUCCUGGAGCCAAGCUGUCCGCUCGCGCGGCGCUGGAAGCCGCAGAGUGCCUCUGAGCGCAUGCAGACAUCCUUUACCACGGGGUGCUUCGUCGCAGGUUAGGCGUUGAGGCUUCCAGGCUAGAGGAAAGCCGCCUAGCCGGUGGGGUACCCGUACCUCUUCCUUCUCUCCCCACAGAUCCCCAUCCCUCUGGGAGAAAAGGCCGAGGAGCUCAGCCGGCCUUUUCCUCCACGUGCGUCUAGCUCCGGCUUUUUCCUGACUGCUGCUUCCCUCACUUCCCAAGGGCGAGGUGGUUUGUGUCCGCCUGGCCCGGCACCUCUUCCGAAGGCCGGCCCUGCAAAUUGGGCGGCUGGGAGGGGAGACCCGGGGCCGCUGGGGAGCGUGAGAUCUCCCCGGAUCCCCUUACCGUCUCCAUCUCCCAUUCACUGCCUCGCCAGGGGAACUGACCGGUUGAGGAGCGGAGGAGGGCAGGACGGAGGACGGCAGGACGACGUGUGUUGGGGUGGGGAGUCGGAGGGCUUUUCGGGGCCGAGGGGGCGUCCGCACUGCCGCCCCGGACUGACCCCGGCUUCGCUUCGCCUCGCUUCACCCCGGGAGGCCGGGCUGGGCCGGUUCUGGGAAGGAUGUGCGGGGAUAGGACCAACUCCCUCCUGCUCCGCUCGCUUUUGCGAAAUGGGAAAGAAAGGCAGGUCAGCUGCCUCGGAGGGAGGGAGGGAGGCGGCGGGGCCGGAGGAAAGACCCCCAGAGAGCAUGUGCAGAGCGCCUGUGCUUAGCCGGCCUCGCGGUGCUGCCGGACAAGUGUGAGACUCGGGAUCUCCUGGUUCUGAAGUAAAGAGGGGGGAGGUCAGUCUGAAAAGGCAGGAGGGGAGCCCCAGGGGUUUUCCACAGGCUUAGCUGCCCCCCCCAUCCUCCAGCAGCUCUGAUUCUGGGAAAUUGGAGCAGGAUGAAGCCAAGCAAGAGCCCAGAUUUCUCCCUGGGGCUCUGAGAACUGCUCUUCUAGACAAACUGGGCCUGGAUGGGGAAAAGGUGAGCGACGUGGAGUGUGGAGCCUCUGGACUGGGGCAUGAGAAUUUGGGGGGGGGGGUCGGGCUCUGCUCUCCUAGAAAAUGGUCCCCCAGUCAUUUGGGGAAGGUCAGUGGCUCAGUGCACUGCUGUGUAUGUAGAAAAUAAGAAGAGUCAUGGAAUGACAGAGCACCCCAAAGGCCAUCUAGUCCAACCCCCUCCAAUGCAGGAACCGCAACCAAAGAAUCCCCAAAGAGCCUGGCGGGAUCAGACCGGGUCCCACCUAGUCCACCCUCCUUUCCUCACAGUGGCACAGAAAGUCACCCCAAAGGUCGCUGGCACAAUCUCCAUGGGCAAAGCUGGGGGAGUUUCCCCACCAGAAAUCCUGGAGGCUUCACUAGAACUAGACUGACCCCAGUGCUCUGCCUCUAGCGUGGGACAGCCGCUUCCUCCGUUCCUCAUCUGAUCUGCUGGCUCCGAGGUCCCACUUCCAGGCUCCGGCAAAUGAAACAGGCCAGGGGGCAGCCUGGUCAGCCCCAAAUGCCAGGCUGGGCAGUGGGCACCAUCAGGUGGCAGUGAAGGGGCAGAACCCAAGUUGUGACCCAACUUUGCAGGCCAUGGGUUUGGGCAGCCUUCUGCUCAGGUAAGAGGGAUCCUUUGAGAUCCUUGGACUCUGGGUUUCUCUGCAGUACUCCAAGCGCAGGCCUAGCAUUGCUUCGCUUUCUUAGGCUCAUGGAAUUCUAGAAUCGUAGAGUUGGAAGGGACACCAAAGGUCAUGUAGUCCAACCCCCCACAAUGCAGGAAUCUCAGCCACUGCAUUCAUGACAGGUGGCCAUCCAAGCUCUGCUUAAAAUCCUCCAAGGAAGGAGAGCCCACCACCUCUCCUGGAAGACCCUUCCACUGCCUAACAGCUCUGUUCUUGAGCUCUUCUCUGCGGGCACUUGGAGUAGCUUUUUGAGAGCUUAGGAAAUUCCCUUUGGGCUCAGUGCUGACUGCACCAACUGGCAGUGAUGUCUCUGUGGGGUUUCAGACAGGGAGUCUCUCCUAACCCUACCUGGUGCUAAAUACAUGUAGGUAGCUGUGUUGGUCUGCCGUAGUUGAAAUAAAAUAAAAUAAAUCCUUCCAGUGGCACCUUAGAGAGCAACUAAGUUUGUUCUUGGUAUGAGCUUCCGUGUGCAGGCACACUUCUUCAGAUACACUGAAACAGAAGUCACCAGACCCUUAUAUAUAGUAGGAGGGUGGGGAGGGGUAUUACUCAGAAGGGUGGUGGGAAUGGGUGAUUGGCGGAUAGGUGUGCUAAACCUGUUGACAACUGUUAAGGACUGCAACUGGUCUUACAGGAAAAAGCGAGGGGUGAGAUGGCCAAAAAUAGCUUUAUCAUGUAUAAUGAGAUAAGAAUCCAAUGUCUCUAUUCAGACCAGGUCUCUCCAUGUUUUUAAGUUUAGUAAUAAGUUGCAGUUCAGCAACUUCACUUUCAAGUCUAUUUCUGAAAUUCUUUUGUAAUAAGACAGCUACUUUGAGAUCUUGUAUAGAAUGUCCUGGGAGAUUGAAGUGUUCUCCUACCAGUUUCUCUAGCUGGUGCUGAGAAUGCCAAGGUUUCAGAUUUGAUUAUCCCUGUAGGGAACAGCUGCCAAUUCCUGCAUUGCAGCGGGUUGGACUGAAUGACCCUUGGGGUCCCUUCCAAGUCUACAAUUCUAGGAUUCUGCCAGGGAGCCCUGUGCUCUGCCGCUGAGCCACACCCCCUUUUGACUUUCAGCGAGAGAAGCAGCGAGCAUCAAAGACACCUAUUCAUGUCAGCCUCCGAUGCCGACAAGUUGUCCCUUAGUGUCCUUAGUGUCAGAGAAGCCUCCACUUCGCUGUGCUGCUGGCCCCGGAUUCCUCAUUUCGGCGUCGUGUUUGCCGCUCUGUUAUCACGGCGGUCGGAUUUAUGUAACACCCAUGUGUGUGGGGUGCAGUGCAGCUGGAUGGGCCCUGAGAAGGCAGGCAGGCAGGCAGACUCUGUUCCUGCUUGCCACUGACAGCCAGAUGUUGCCAAAACUGUCAACGGCGCUGCUUGAGAUUCUCAGGAAACACACAUGCCCAACGGGCCCUGCGGAUUUGCUGGGCUGCCUUAAUUUCCUUCCCACCUGGUGCACGGAGUCCUCCUUCCUUGAGAUGUUUUGAAGUGAAACUCCAGAAACAUUGGGAUGCGGCCGGGAUCUUGCCGUGGUAAACACCGUCAGUGGGAACUUCAGCGGGGGAGGCAGAAGCGCCGGUGCCCUUGGUGUGGCAGCUGCUGGGCACCACGCCUCAUGCCAGGCAGCUUGGAAGACGCUGCUUCCUGGAGGAGUCUUCCCUCACCCCCUCGCAAGGCCAGAACUCAGGAGAGCCAUUCAGACAGCCAGUGUGGUGUCCUGGUUAGGAAGAGUGUGAGACUGGGGCCUGGGAGACCAGGGUUUGAAUCCUCCCCACUUGGCCCACUGACUUCGGGUCAGUCGCAAUGCCUCUCAGCCUAAGCUUCCUCGCAGGGUGGUUGUGUGGGGAGAGAACAGUGUGAGCCAGCCUGGAUAGCUCAGUUGGUUAGAGCGUGGUGCUGAUAAUGCCAAGUUUGCAGCUUUGAUCUCCGUACAGGACAGCUGCAUACUUCUGCAUUGCAGGGGGUUCGACUGGAUGACCCUCGGGGUCCCUUCCAAUUCUGUGAUUCUGCUAUGCUAUGCCACCUUCAGCUCCAUGGAGGAAAAGGCGGGGUGUAACUCUGCAGGGCCAUCCAGGAAGCUGGAUGUUGGGAGAUUGAGGGCUGGGCUUGCAUCCAACUGAGUUCAACUUGGGGUAGACCCAGUGUGUAUAAGCUAAACGAGCUCUAGCUUAGGGCCCCAUACUCUUGGGGGCCCCCCCAAAAAAAAUUAAAGGGGAAAAAACUGGAUGUAUAUUUCAAAAAUAUAAAAUAAACAACAAUAAAAUAAAACCUACAUCCAGCAACAGUGUUUUGUGUUGUGUCGGCUCCUAUGAUGUAAGUCAUGGGCCCCGCCUGCUAGCCUGCUCCCUAAAAUUUCAUUUUUUUGCUCCUUUCUAGAUAUAGGGUGCCUACAUUCUGCAUGGACUGGUUGCAGGGCAACAUGUGCAAAUGGCUUGAGAUACCGAUUAGGUCCAUAAAUUACCAUAUAGCAUAUAUUCAACACAAAAAACAGCGACAAUUUGUUGUUGACAAAGCUUAGGUCCUCAUCAAACCUAAAUAUGGCCCUGGGUAGACCCGAUGAAGUCAGUGAACCAAAGUUAGCCAUGUCCAAUAGCAUCAGUGGCCCUACUCUGAGUAUGGCCAGCAUUGGACACAACCUAGAGGAAAAGGAAAUACUUUUUCCCACACAGCACAAAACUGUACUGUUGGAUUUUCUUCCCCAAGAAGUAGCAACUACAAUGGAUUGCGAUGUGUUUUCGGUUGGCUUGGUGAACACCAAGAAAGGUAGCUACUUACGGAGGCUUUGUAGAUUGAGGGUCUUUGAGAAAUGGGCAGGUGUGCAAGGGCCAGAAAUCUCCCCCUACUGCGAAAUUUCACAGCUUAUGUUUUGGGGCGCAGGUGAGCCCCAUCACUCCUCUCCCCAGCCGGCCUGAACUUUCAGGUACAGAUCAUCUCCCUCUGUUGUUUUACAAUGUCACUCAUUUGCGUCACUCUAAUUUUAAUUUGCUCCGUUCAUUAAGUUUGUGCUCGCGUUACUUUUUGCACACUGUAAGGAGGAGGGGGGUGUAUAAGGAAAUCGAUUCUCAAGGGCCUCUAACACUCACCUGCUUUGGCAGACUUCUCCUGCCCAAGUGGACUUUGCUAAGAGCCCUUCCGGGUAGGUGAGAGGAGUUAGGGAAGCAAGACCCCCACUGGGGGGGGGGGAGUCACUCACUCCAGAGGUUUGACCAGCUCAGCACACUCAGCAACUUUACCAACAAUGUGAUGAGUAGAGGAAGCCAAAGGAGUCUUUCCAGGGAAAAGGUUAACAUGCAAGAUAAUUAAAAAAGGACAUCUUUCAGGUCCGUGGUGAUGUUCUGUUCUGCCCAUUUUGUUUUUCACUUGUUUUUCCUUCAGGGAGUGUCAUGCAGACACACACACACACACACACACACACACACCCCGUCCCAUCUUUUAUCUCCCAACAACCACCCUAUGAGGUUGUUCACCUGCGCAUUUGUUCCUAAAACAAAGGUUAGUCUCUUUCCAAGUUUAGGAAGACUGAGACAUAGUGGAAUGGAAGAGUUGUAGAGUUGGAAGGGACCUCAAAGGCUCCUCCUUCAAUGCGGGAAUCACAGCAUCUGGUCCAAAGUCAGGCAGGGAAAGAGUCUGGCCAGGGGAUUCCACAAGCAGGAUCCGAGCACAAGAGCCCUUCUGGCGAUUCAGAAGCAUCGCUGCCUCUGACCAUGGAGGGCAAGCCAUCAGAAGCCCUCUCCUCCUCCAUGUCUCCUCCUCUUUUAAAGCCAUCUAAUUUGGUUACCUUUAUUUCCUCUUGUGGGAGGGAGUUCCAUAGUUCAACUCUGCGCUGCGUGAAGAAGUCCUUUCUUUUCUCUGUCCUGAAUCUUCUAACUUUCGGCUUCUGGUGUUACAAGACAGGGAGAAAACUUUCUCUCUCUCUACCCACGUUCCCUGUGAGGACACCCCUUCCUCAGGAAAGCCAGAGGAGCUGCCCUAACUGGUUUUCCCCUUUAUCUGCACAGGCUGAAGGAGAAGAUGCGCUGCCCCAACAUCUCCUUGUGUGGCUUGCUAUGGGUCUGGCUGCCCCUCUUCCACGGCCGGCCUGUGAAAAUUGACAAGGUCGUAGCUGACACUAAAAGCCUCACCAAGACCAUCAUGGCCAGGAUCCAGGAGCACCAGGUAAGAGGUGGGGCAAGAACAGGCUCCGUCCCCUCCUUCCCACCCACUCAUAGAAGCAUUGGAUUGUAGAGCUGGAAGGGUCCCCCAGGGGUCAUCUAGUCCAGCCCCACAAAAGAAUCAUGGCCAUUCAGGGUCUGACUGUGUUUUCCUGGAGCUCAUUGCAGUCUGCAGGACCUUCUGCUCUCCUCCAAGCUGAUGACAGCAAGCCAGGCUUCUCCUGCAUUAGUACUAGCCACCCAGGCAGACGGCAUAGUCAGUAUCAUGGCGCACAAACCAGACAGCCCUGAAUGCCCCCUCCUCAGUGCCUGUCUGCGGCAACGGGCUAUCAGAGUGGGGAGCAUGGAUGAAUUGCAUUGGAGUGAUUGUACCAGGGCCCAGGCCUUCAAAGGGAUUGGGGGCUGAGUUUCAUUCAAAAAGAACUAGGCUUCCUAGAAGGAAGUUAUACAACAAAAUGUGCAGGCAGCCUUCUGUGAAAUGAGCCAGCCUAGCUGCUCCUGUCUUUGUGUUUUAGCCAAUGAGUGAAGUCAGAACUGUGACUGAUGAGUGAGUUGUUUGGAAACCAGCCAAUAGGAUUUCCUGGGGUCCUAAAGAACUAGUGUUUUCCCCUUCCCCUUUAGUUCUCCCUCUCUCCCUUCCACCUUGUUUUCUAGUCUUUUAUCCCCCUUCCCCUUUCGUUUCUCUCUAGCAACCAGGACACACCUUUCCUGUGGUAGGUUCACUGAGGUCGGGUACACCCUAGAAGCUAUUUUCUGCAAAUGCUACUGCACAAUAAGUGCAGGUGGGUGUUACAUAAUUCUCCCCCUGCAAGCGGCAAAUGCCAAGAAAUUGCAAAGAGGCCUCAAAUGGCAGCUCUUUGGAACCCAUCCCUUGUGCAUGCUCACCUGGGAAUAUGCUCAGCAGAACACAAGUGGUUCUUAGGCAACUGAAACAUGCAAUAACUAGGCCAAAUUAGGACCAAUUGAAGUCUUGGAGCUGUACUAUUUUUCAGGGUUGUAGAGGAGAAUAAUAUGUAGGUGCUUUGAGAGUUUAUUUAGGUCAUGGGCCAGGACUUCUCUGCGGUAAACAUUUUAACCCUCCCUGCCAAGCCUGCCAUAAUAAUAACAACAACAAUUUCUUGCACCCCGCCCAUCUGACUGGAUUUCCCCAGCCACUCUGGGCACCUUCCAAGAGAGGACGGGUGUCAGUUUGGCAUUCUGUGGUACAAGUGUUCAAGGCAUGCGCCUGUCUCAUGUGCUCCAGAGUGGUGUGAGCAACAACACACUGGGUGACACUCUUGCUUUGGGAAAGCAGCCCUUCCUCCUUCCUUCCAUUUUCCUUGAGGCUAAGCCUUGCUGUCAGGGACGUGGGUGGCGCUGUGGGUUAAACCACAGAGCCUAGGACUUGCCAAUCAGAAGGUUGGUGGUUCCAGUCCCCACGAUGGGGCGAGCUCCCGUUGCUCGGUCCCUGCUCCUGCCCACCUAGCAGUUCGAAAGCACGUCAAAGUGCAAGUAGAUGAAUAGGUAUCGCUCUGGCGGGAAGGUAAAUGGCGUUUCCAUGCGCUGCUCUGGUUCGCCAGAAGUGGCUUAGUCCUGCUGGCCACAUGACCCAGAAGCUGUACACUGGCUCCCUCAGCCAACAAAGUGAGAUGAGUGCCGCAACCCCAGAGUUGGCCACGACUGGACCUAAUGGUCAGGGGUCCAUUUACCUUACCUUUAAGCCUUGCUGUCAUCUGCAGCAGAGCUUGGCUUAACCUCCUGCGAUUUCCCUCUUCCCAUUGCAGUUUCCUCCAGUGAACCUGAAGAUCAACGGGUUUGAUUUCAUCCCUGGGCAGCUGCCGGCAGAAAGCCUGGAGGCCAUCGAUGAGACCCUGCAGAUCUUCCACCAGGUCCUCUCCAGCCUGCCUUUGGAGGCCCCCGUGGUGCAAAUCUCCAACGACGUGGAGAACCUCCGCAGCCUCCUUCAGAUGCUGAGCUCCCACCUGGGCUGCCUGCUUCGCAGACCUUCCGCAGCCGACACCCUGGGCAACCUCACGGAGCUGAUGACCGUCUCCCCAUACACGACAGCCGUGGUGACCUUGGACCGACUCCACAAGUGCCUAGAAAGCAUCGCGAAGUACCUGGACCACGUUCAGAACUGCUAGGGUGUGCGGGCGCGUCUGUGUGCAAACGCACAGAGUCUCUUUGUUUUCCUGGUCGGGUUAAACCUCACCCACAGGGUGCAACACCUAUGCAAGAAGCAAAACGCCUCAGGUUACGAUAUCUGUGAUGACAGCAAAACCAGCCUCGGAGCAAAACAGUCACACAUUUACCUGCAGCAGGAACUGAUCUGCGAAUGUUCCUGGACCAUCACUUUGUUCCUGGGCAUCCUCUCUCAGGGUAGACUUGACUCAGUUUGGGGGCAGCUCAGUUUGCGGGGAGGGGCGGGGGGGUCACUCGAUUGUGUCUGGUUGUGGUUUGCAUGAAUGGGAGACUGCAGGGGAAUCAUAGAAGGGUAGGUAGGCAGGGACCCCUAGAGUCAUCUAGUCCAGCCCAGGAGCUAAGCAGCUCCUGACAGAUGGCCAGUCAACAUCCAUUCCACUGUUAAAUGGUUCUUAGCACCAGAAAGUCCUUCCUAAUGUUUUGCUUAAUCUCCUUCCUUGUCAUUUGAAUUCGAUGUCCGGGUCUUCCUCUCCAGAGCAGCAGAAAACAAGUUUGCUCCAUGUGAGAUGCGUGGUUCAAAAAGGGGGACUCCCUAUCCUUUGGAGGGGCUUCCGUUUUUCCUUUUUCAUUUUGGAGGGCCGGUUUGGCUCUCUCAUGCUCUCUGGUGAGACUCAGAUCAGGCAAAGUGAGAGGCGACCCCCCCCCCCAAGAAACCUGAAUGCCAGAACACAGGAGCAGAAGUUGUUCCUCAGUAGCCCUCUUCUUCGCUGCCUGAGCGGAGUCUCCAGCGACACAGAGCUCUUCAGUGGGGCAAGGCAGGGCAGGAUGGGGCUGGUUCAGAUUUCUAUGGGGGGGGGGUUGUUCCAGGGUGGAGGUGCAAUUCAGCAUGGUCCAAGUCUUGCUUUUGGAUAGGUUCAAGGUUAUAUACUGCAAAAAAGAGAAGAAAAAAGGAGCAACGUAUUUGAAGAGUAGAUCCCGCUGUUAACUUUUCAGACCUCGGAAUAAUGAAUGUAGCAAUAUCACCCACGUGGAUCCAAAUUAAGCAAAACUUGGGUUUGCGUCUUUGGCACACGGGGCAAGCCAGCGCUUCCUUCUCAUUCUUCAGAAUCACUCCUGGGCAAACGACACUUUGGUGCAUGUAAUGACAAAACCCAUAAUUUAAUAUUUUUGUUGUUAUUUUCAGCAAAAUGCAGCCUGGGGUGGGGGAGGGGUGUGUGUGUUUGUGUGGUUUUGAGCUGAGCAGCAGGGCAGGCCAGAGGCCGUGGGCGUGGGAAUGUUUAGUGAUUCCCAGUCCCCGUUUCAUGCAGAACAUGCCCCUACCGCUCACCCAGGGCCCGGAUUCGAGUUUACGGAGGAAGACACGUUAAUAAGCAGCAGGGCAUUAGAUGCAGGCCAUCAGAGGCAGAAUUCCUCAUGGAAUCAUAGAACUGGAGAACAAUCUGGUCCCAACCCCCUGCAAAGCAGGGAUCACGGCCGAAUUAUCCCUGGCAAGUGGCCAACCAACCUUUGCUUUUAAACCUCCACCACCUUCUUCCCAUCAGAAUGUUCUUCUUCGUGCUCAGAAAAGUUCUUCUCCUGCAGAUCAAGAUUCCAGGAAAUGCCCAUCUUGCCCUCUGUGGAUGGAGAUGGUGGUUUGUGGAAGACUUCACUUCCCAUGUGCAAAGUGCCUGCCUUCAGUCCCCCCCAGUCAAGUUUCUGGAACAAUGGGGAAGCCUUCAAAAUGUGCUCAGCAGAGGUAAAGGGUUCGGGGGGGGGUAUCCAAACUACAAGCAGCACCCCCCUCUUUCCUACUGCCUUCAGCCCUCUAAGAAAAAUGAUUGCAAAGGGGCUCUCAGCUGCAAGGCAGGGGGUUGGACUAGAUGACCCGUGGGUCCCUUCCAACUCUACAGUUCUGUGAUACUAAGGCAAGUGGCACAAAGAAGACAGAGAGGAGCUUGACAGCUUCCCCAAGUGGGGCAUCCCUUCUGUGACUCUGCAGCAGGCGGUUUCCCUGCAUCAGCCGGGGGUUGGGCUGGAUGACCUUUGGGGGAUCCCUUCUGAUUCUGUGAUUCACUCUUCAAGAUGUAGUGAGUGGGAAAUGGAUGGUCCCCAUUCCAAACCUGCAUGGUCCAGUCCAGGCUUUCUGCUCUGCAAAGGUCUCUUCCUGGUCUGGGUGUUCAUGGAUUCAAGCACAGCUGAGGGCAGCUAGGGCUUCAUCCUGACUCUCUCGAGGAGGAAGGAGGCCUCUGUGCCUUUGCACACCAGGUGCCCUUGCCUGACUCCCUUCCCUUUGAGGCAGAGGGAGAGCCCCUCCUCCCUCUCCCCGCGUCUGCUCUCAGCACCUGGGGGUUUCAGUGCAAGGGUGGGCGGGAGGAAUUCCGCGUCAAGGGAGCAGCUAAGGUGCUGUGCUCAGACUUCUUAGAAAGAGCCUUUUACAACUCUCCCAUUUCCCCUUAGGUGGCAUUUCAGUUGCAAGACCAAAACGUUUUUUCCGAGGGUGUGAUGGGUCAUUCAGGGUGUUGCAUUCCUUCCCUGCUCUGUGAGCUGGAGGGCUCUCUUGUGUGAGUGUGUGUGUGUGUCUUGUGGGGAGGGCUGCUCUGAAAGACUCAAGUCAGGAAGAGAGCAGAAGAUCUUCCCAAGCAGACCCGAAAAAGCCUCCGUACUGUUAAACUCGCCCUUCUUAUUUAUUUUUGUUUCCCAUUACGACGUUUGUUGACAAUUUUUGCUUUUCUUUCUGUAUCUGGAAUAAUAUUUAUAUUUUAUAAAUAUGCGCUGCAUUUUGAAUAGUAACGGGUUUUUGCUUUGCUGGCCCCCAGGAUUUUCUUUCUGGUGGGUUGUCCUGGGGGGAGCAGGGAAAAGGAGGAGGAGGAGGAGGA